AGCCAGAAACCAGUUGAUUGGUCAAAAGUUUUGAGAUGAUGAUACACAGCUGUACAUAAACUAGUCUCAAUUCGCUCAAAUCUUCUCAGACGAACAGGUAACACGAUAUGGAAUUGGAAAUUCAAGUUGGUCCGUCUAGACUCAAGUUCCAAGAUCAAGCCCUUGCACUUCAUUCGGCACUUCUCCUGUGUGCAGCCAGGACCAUCCCGAGACCACCGUUAUGGAGGAAACAUGAAGAAUUCAACCACUAGAACGUCGGACGGAUCGGGAGCACAGCUCCAGUACCUCGGAGAAUUAGUCAUACAGGGUUUCACAAACUUGGACCAUAAAUAUGGCAGGCAACGGACGUCUACUCGAGAAGCACCCUGGACCCAUCCUGUCAAUGAAGUGAACUCGAAGGAAGUUCUCUACGAACGGUUACUUUCGACCAAUCUACCUCGUUUAAAGGAUCAAGUCUACACUAUCUUAGCAACGUUGGAGCCCGUGAGCAUGAAGGAAAACCCCGAGUCAAGCCUUAGGCGCGUUCUGGAGAUCCAACCAGAACUCGAUUACAACAUCACUCAAAUCGACUCUGCCUUUCUCCACCUCUGUCCGGAGUCCUCGUCUGCAUGCGACCAAACCGAUGACCAACAUCUCAAACAAUUCAAGGCGUACAGUCUUGUCGAGCUCAAAAAGGAAUUUGUUUUCGCACUUGACUGGAUCUGCUCUGCCUUUCGAGCCGCUCCCGAGCACAUCAAAGAUAUGAGGCUCUCAACAGGGGGAUGCUUUGUGGAUGAUGAAUUUGAUAUGUCUGGUCACAAAGAAUAUACCGAAAAGGCAGUCUAUUGGAUCCAGCACACUAUCAUACACUCCCAAAGAUCUGAGAUGGAUGCGAUCGAAGAGCAGGGGAAAAGUGGGGUUCGCACGAUUGAUAGUCUACUAAUCGAUCUCAUCAGUCUGUUCACCCCAACUGCUCCGAUGGGAUUUGCCCAACUCUCCCCAUUGAGACGUCAAUCUUUCAUCGACCUCGCCAAGUUGACAGUACCGAUCAUGAAGCUGUUGAAGUUAUUUUUCAAGAAACUAUUCCACAUCGGCAUCAACGGUUGCAGAGCGUUCGUAUCAUAUACACAGAUGAACUCAGAACAACUCAAAUAUUUAUGCCAAUCUUCUGAAAAAGUGAAUGGCAAACUCAGCUCAUUUAUGUAUAACUUGUCGGAUGUGGAUACGGAGUUUGGCGAUUUGCCUGUCGACAUUCGAUCGCUCGUUCAACCACUGGAACAGAUCGCUAGUUAUCUGGAAGGUCCAUUGCUCUCUAUAGUCCUUUAUCUCGUCCCCUUAGUCGAUAAUCUUCCUGAUCAGACUUACUUCCAAAGUUGGUUUUCUAUAUGGAACUCGCAAUUCAAUAUAGCCAUUCAUAAUGUCGUUCAAGCUGCCCAAACUUUUGACCAAAAUCAACUUGGAUAGUUCCCCUUCUGCCUUCAUUGCAUCAGUAUUUGGUCUAUUUUCACCACAUGAAAGCACAUUUUUUUCCCCUCAAAGUUUCUUAUUUUCACUGUAACUCCCUCUUGUUCAAGAGAAUGCUGUUUUCUUUUUGAUUUGGUUUAGCUGCAUGUUCAAAUGUGAAAUUCAGGGUUGGUUUUGGUCUCAAGAUUUGUUCAGUGCAUGCACCAUUUUUUGCCAUCUU